UUUGGUUUCACCAAAAUGCGAUUACACGCUUCGUUGUUAGUGGUGUUUUAUUUUUUGCACUGCAAAGGACAUUCCGUGCCGGAUACUUUGAAAUCCGAAUUAUUAUCGACGCCGAAAGGAACGAGUCCGGGGAGGGAGCCUCCGCCCGGCGAAGAUUUGGAGCGAGAGGGCUCGGAGAGGGCAGAGCCUCUGCCGGUCUCGCGGCGGGAGGCCGACACGUCGCCGGGCGCGAUACCGGCGCGCACCAGUCCCGGCCGCAGGUACCCGGACCCGGGCUUCAAGGACAUACCCAAGUUCAGCUACCCGGAAAGCUACCGGGACUACGUUUACCGCGACCUGAGCAAGAGUGUCAAAGAAACGUUCCUUCUUCUCACCGUUCACCCGUCGUGCUACCUCAAAGGAGGCUCCUGCAUAAAGAUGGUGGAGUGCCGCAACAUGGAUAAGCUGUACAUCUCGCGCACGUGCUACCGUGACGACCUGGUGUGCUGCUACGACAGAUAUAAUCAAUUCCACGGCGCGGAAUUCGACACUAAAACUAGUACCGCCCUGACGCCCACCACCAAGCCUAUGAAGAGUACCACAACCAAUAAAUCCACGAAGCCGGCCACUUCGGAGGCACACAGCGAAACCUCUCACGUCAACACAUAACCUCGGUCGCCCGAUGAGACCACGCCCGCACCUUAGCCUUCGGCACGCUAAUAAACUCUUGAGCUAUUAGAUUACUUUCCUUCAACUUGACGUUUCCGUUCUGGCUCGUUCGUUGGUUGAGUGGGAAUUAAACAGGUGAUAAGAUUAGUGUCAUACUUACUAGUAGCAAAUAGAAAUAGAAACCAUUUAAUGUAACGCUACAUUAUUAAAAGAAACACAAAAACAAAGACUAAUAUACAUUGACCUACCAAUAAAUGGACGUCGGGUUCGCGCUAAAAAGUCUCCGCACCUGUAGGGCGUUAAAAUCGCAUAUAGAGCGUCAAUCACGCAAUAGUCUUCCUUUGUUCGAGUGACAGCGC